AUGGUCGGGUCGAGCGGUGGUGGCGAGAUCAGGCUAGACGGAGGUGGUGAAGGUAGCUGGCGGUGGGGCCGGAGGGCCGGAGGGCCGUCAGGGCAGAGACUGGUGGGGCUGGAACACAGUAGUCGGUCGGCGGGGGCCGAAGGGGCUGGCGGGGGCUGCAGAGGGCUACCGGCGGGGAAUCCGGAGGGUGGCCAGCGAGUGGAGCUUCAGUGGUGCAUCGGUGGCGGCUGGGUGGCAGGGUGGCGGUCGGGUGGUGGCCCGAUGGCGGAGCGGUGGUCGGCAGGAAAACAAGCCAGGCAAAGGCAGAGCCAGGUAGUGGCCGGCAGGAGCGGACAAUGGUCGACGGGAGAAACAAAGGCGACGGCCGGCGAGCUUGCAGCGGAUCGGAGGCCGAGGGUCGGAGGCCAGAGCGUAGGGGGCCGAAAAGUGCCAGAGGCUCAAGAACCAAAAUAG